UUAGGGUUCUAGCGAUGGAGGAGAUCGCGCUCGUGCCAGCGUCGCUGCCGGAGGUGGAUAUGGCGGCAUUUCCCGCAUCGAACUGGGUGCGCGCUAGCGUCGUGCAAGCGUCGACGAUUUACGGCGACACUCCUGCAACGAUCGCCAAGGCCGAGAAGCUGAUCGCCGCCGCCGCGACGCUGGGAUCGCAGCUGGUAGUCUUUCCAGAGGCGUUUGUGGGAGGCUAUCCUCGAGGAUCCACGUUUGGCACUGCUGUUGGAUAUCGAUCUUCGCAAGGCCGUGAAGAGUUUCGUCGAUAUCACUCGUGUGCUAUCGAUGUCCCAGGUCCGGAGGUUGAUCUUCUCGCGGCUGCUGCUGCCAAGUUUAGAGUGAACUUAGUCAUGGGCGUGAUCGAGCGCUCGGGUGGUACACUAUACUGCAGCAUUUUAUUUUUCGACUCACAGGGUGUUUUCCUUGGCAAGCAUCGUAAGUGCGUUCCUACCGCUGCCGAGAGGCUGAUCUUUGGCUAUGGUGACGGCUCCACUUUGCCUGUUUACAAAACCGAGCUUGGCCGUGUCGGCGGCCUUGUUUGCUGGGAAAACCGCAUGCCUCUUUUGCGAACAGCAUUAUAUGCUAAAGGUGUGGAGUUUUACUGUGCACCAACAGCUGAUUCGAGAGAAGCCUGGCAGGCUACAAUCCGGCACAUUGCUGUCGAGGGCGGAUGCUUCGUUUUGUCCUGCAACCAGUUUUGCCGGAGAAGGGAUUAUCCUCCAAGCCCAGACUACACAUUCGCGGGAUUCGCUGAAGAGGCAUCUCCAGACGAGGUGGUCUGCGCUGGUGGUAGUGCAAUCAUAUCCCCGUCCGGCGACAUUCUUGCGGGACCACACUACGAAGGCGAAGCCGUUUUAUCAGCCGAUUUAGACGUGGGAGAGAUCAUCAGGACCAAGUUUGAGUUUGAUGUGGUGGGUCAUUACUCGCGGCCAGAGGUGCUAAGUCUCACAAUAAAUGAGAAGCAAUAUGUGCCGGUGACUUUUGUUCCAGACGAAAAGAGGGCUGAUUAUAAGCUAGGCGAGGCGGGUAGUCCCAUGCUACCAUAGUUACAGGGAUUACGACCCCGCUUCAGUUUUGUACAGUAAGUGUGGCUCCUGUCUAUACUUGAAUGACUAAACAGUUGUGUGUGACUACGUGCAUUUGCAAAGCUUCCCAGGACACAGCAAGCAUGGCUCUCGCGAGAGAGAUCACUGACGGGAAACGUUUCCGAGAAGAAAGAAGCAGAGAAAAGAGAGAAAUUUCAGCCCAGGUGUCUGUAUCGGUGGUUACUUCCUCUGUGCAGCUUCACUGAAAACGACGACGCCAUGGUGGUGGAGCGAUUAAGAGCACUGAAAAGGCUUUUAACAGCUUACUAUAGGGCCCGCGGCUUGGAUUGGACCUGGUCGCCGGAUGCUUCUUUCAACCACUUGCCGAGGAGGAACUCCUCCUUCCUCUGGUUUCCUGAAGAGUCUCCUUUCCUGGCACGCAAAGGCAGUAAUUUACAAGUAGGUGUGUCCAACGCCUUGCAAACAAAUGAAAGGUGGGUGGAAAGCUUCCAUCUCUAUAGAGGCAGGGGCCACGCGUAUAUGCCACUCACAUGGCUUCGUAGGUAGGCAGUACCAUGUACAGCGUCGUCCUCCUUCCCAGGUACAGUGCAAGCAUACCAAACAGGCUUGGCUUGAGCUAUGGCACCUAACUACAGCUUACCUUUAAGGCCUUCGGCUUUUGGAGCUAGCUCCUACGGCUAAGUAGUGAUCAGAUGAAAAAUUCUGGCUCCUGGAUGGAUUGACUGAUUGAUUUCUCUUACUUCUUUGUCAAGAGCUUUCAGUCUAAUCAUUUAAAAGCAGGUCUCCUGGUGGGCGAUCGCUGUCCAGAAGCAGCAUCCCCGCCGCGCUCGCUGGCUGUGCAAUCACUGUCGAGCUGUUGGAGCAUGGAUUGAGAGGCGGGGGAGACAAUCAAGGUGAAAAGCCGUUUUUUAUUUGCUCUCUUUCUUUUCUUUUUUGAAAGAAGCUAUGCGAAGCCGUCGCGUAUUCACCGCUGCUUGCGUCGCACUGCACGGACUCAGAGAAGAACAGCUUUUUAAGUUAUAUCUCGCAACAAAUCGAUCAAUCAGGCAGGCAAGGCACAGACAGACACGGCCAGCGGUGCUGCCAAGUUCGUUCAAACAUCACAGACAGCAUUGUUUAUACGUUUUUCAAGCUAUCACUCACUCACGAGUCACUGCGCAAGAUUUUGGUUUUCGCCAGCCAGCUUGAAACUUUGAGCUCGCCAAAGUCAAACAUAGAAACGCCCGCUCGCCUCGCGCUUUUUUCUUUGAAUUUUCUUUGCUUUGCAUUGCUUACUGAGCUUUGGUCCCGAAUCCCGGUAACGACAUCGGCGUGUGAGCGUAAACCAACGCCCACGAAAAAAAAAAAAAUACUGCAAAGAAAGCAAAGAUAACGCGGUGCUUGUAGCAUAGCUCUGUCAGUAUACAUGCAUACAUACAUGUACACAUACAAGUUAUGGUACUAAGAUACAUACUUGAUUGAA